AGGAAGUGUGGCUCGUGUCACCACGGUCCAUGGAGCUGCCGAUGCCCGUGUACAAAGCGUCAACCGAUAUUACCUUGAUAGCUUACUUGACCAAAUAAAAGUAUUUUAAAUAGUUUGUUCAGGACGUGAUUUGUUGGUGCACACCCUUGAUGGGGUCGAAUCAAAGUGCCCGAAAACUUACUAUUUCUAAUGAGGAGGAAGUCCGUGUCAUCAAAGUAUCGAAAGCGGUUGUGCAGCGGCUGCAAGGAGCCGAGGAUGAAAAUGGAGAAAAAAAAACCACCAAGAGUGCCGAGCCCCCAUAUGCAAUGCCAUUGCCUCAUCUAGUUUCACAAAGGGUACCUGUUGUUCCGGAUGGCUCAGCAAAUGCAGUGCCGGUAUAUUAUUAUCCUGAAUAUACCGUAUCAGCCCUUGAAAUUCAGCAGCAAAAAGAGGAAGAACUCAAGAAUCAAGAGCAUUACUGGCAAAGACGCCUUGAGAACAUGGAACGAACUCACAAAAAUAUCAAUAACAUCGUAGAGGCAGAGUAUAAGAAAGCCAUCAACGAGUUUACCAAUGGUGGUAAAGUUCCAAUUCCUAGUACAAGAUCACCCUGCGACAAACAUAAUAGCAAGGUGUUAAAAUGCUACCAGAAUAAUCCAAAAGAGGUGCUACAGUGCUCUGCUUUGGUAGAAGAAUUCUCAAACUGUGUGGAUCAACACCGCGCAAACAUGAUCGCCGCACGGUGCUGAGUUAUCACCGCCCAAUUCAUCAAUUGUUGCACCCCGUUUAUGUAGACAUUUAGUUUUCAAAAUAUUAUGCAGCAAUUCGUAGUAGAAAUAAAAUCUUUAUUGUUAUAAGCGCA